AUGGAGCAGCGCGGUGGAGGUGCCGGCGGGGGAAUGGAGAGCCCCGGCCUUCGGGACAGCACCAGCCCAGAGGAGAGAGGAGAGAGCCCCGCCUCCAGUGGCCACCCGCAGUGCAAGUCGAGCCGCCUGGAGGUCAACGGGAGCCCGGCAACUCCGCGGAUCAGACAGAACGGCACACCGCUGAGACCACUAGGAGGUUUGAUGAUCCCGGUCUACUGUGUGGUGGAGCAUGCAGACAUGGGCGUAGCUGGUGACUGCGAGGGGCACGGCGACCGUCACGCUGAGUUUGUGUUGGUUCAUAAGGACGUCCUCUUCACACAGCUGGUGGAGACGGCACUGGUCGCUCUGGGAUACUCAAACAGCUCAGCUGUACAGGCAAGUGGGAUCAUUAAAGUGGGCCAGUGGAAGCCGAUGCCCAUCCACUACCUAACAGACGCUCCAGAGGCGACGGUGGCCGACAUGCUGCUGGACGUUUACCACAUGGUUACACUGCGGAUCCUUCUGCACAGCUUUGCCCGACUGGAGGAGCUGCCGUCGGAGCAGUGGACCCACGCCACCGUGAGGUACGCCCUCAAAGAGCUGCUCCGAGAAACCAACCAGAGCGCGCUGGCCAAGGAGUGUCCCCUCUCCCAGAGUAUGAUCUCAGCGAUAGUCAACAGUUCGUACUACAUCAACGUCUCCACCUCUAAGUGCCAGGAGUUUGGACGCUGGUACAAGAGGUACAAACGCAUCAAAGGUGAAUACAUCGAGAAGAUGUGGUCGACUCAGGACAAAUCAGAUAUUAAAGUGGAGAGAGAUUUGGACCUGAGCAUCCUCAGCCAGCGUCCUCCCUCUCUCUUACCCUCCCCCACCCAUUUGGGCUCCCUGGGCAGCCCCGGAGGUCUGUCCAUCAAAAGUAGCCUCGGGGACACCCAGCCUCAAUGUCUGCCUCACCCGGCCAGCCAGCACCACCCGGGUACACCCAUGCGUCCCCAGGGUCCUCCUCUCCUGGGCCACGGCGGGCUCCUGUCCCCUCAGCUCUCCCCUCAGCUCGUCCGUCAGCAGAUCGCCAUGGCCCACCUCAUCAACCAGCAGCUCGCCGUCAGCCGCCUGCUCGCACACCAGCACCCACAGGGAGUCAGCCAGCAGUUCCUACACCACCCGCCCAUCUCGCGCACCUGCAAAGGCCCCGGGGCCGCCGCUGAGCCCAGCCUCAACUGCUCGGGGGCCGAAGUCUCCUUCAGCAUUUACCAGCAAGUCAGGAACGAGCUGAAGAGGGCCAGCAUUUCUCAGGCGGUGUUUGCCCGCGUGGCUUUUAACCGCACACAGGGUCUGCUGUCAGAGAUCCUUCGUAAGGAGGAAGAUCCUCGCUCGGCCUCACAGUCGCUGCUGGUCAACCUGAAGGCCAUGCAGAGCUUCCUCAACCUGCCAGAGGGCGAGCGGGACCGCAUCUACCAGGAGGAGAGAGAGAGGAGCGCUAACUCCAACCACAACAUCUCCACCAACCACAUCCCCAACAGCAACACACACAGACACCCACAGACAAAGUGCAGCUUGUCUGCUGCCGAGCUGCCGCUGAAGUUGGACCCGCUGGUCAACAUCUCGUCGGGCAUCUACGAUGAGAUCCAACAGGAGAUGAAGAGGGCGAAGGUCUCCCAGGCUCUGUUCGCCAAGGUGGCUGCCAAUAAAAGUCAGGGCUGGCUGUGUGAGCUGCUCAGGUGGAAAGAGAGCCCGAGCCCAGAGAACCGCACGCUGUGGGAGAACCUGUGCACCAUCAGGAGGUUCCUGGCGUUAACGCAGGCCGAUAGGGAUCAGGUCUACGAGGAGGAGUCGAGGCAGCAGCACAGCGACAGGCUCCACACCGUCCUGCACAUGCCAGACCAGCAGGCCCUACACAGACCGCCCCUGCCACCUCUGACCACUCCGUCUCCGAUCCGUGAAGACCCCCAGCCCAUCCAGUUGCUGGUCCUGCAUGGCUCAGAAGACGGGCCCCAGCGUGGGGUGAGCCCUGGCCUUGGAAGCGGAGGACUGAAGAAGGCCCGCUCACGGACGCGGAUUUCCCUGGAGGCUCUGGGAACCUUGCAGAGCUUCAUCGGCGACGUGGGUCUCUACCCCGACCAGGAGGCCAUCCACACCCUGUCGGCCCAGCUGGAUCUACCCAAGCACACCAUCGUCAAGUUCUUCCAGAACCAGCGCUACAACGUCAAGCACCACAACCAGGUCCGAGAGACCAUCCCCGGGGAGGACGACCGGGAGAGCUCGAGUCCCAGCGAGGAGGGGGGAGUCUGCACGGUGGAGAGUCGGGGGGAGGAGGUUCUCUCUGCGUCCGAGGAGUCGAGCGAGGACGGGAGAGGAUCAGUGGAGGCGUUCAGAACAGAGGGAGAAGAAAGAGAUGUGGAAAUGGAGACGGAGAAAGAAGAAGGGGAUGAUGGGAAAGCCUCAGGACCGGCGACAUCCUCCCUGUCCCCCUACAGCAGCCUGGACAGCCCCCACUCUGCAGAGCAGCAGAGAUAACAGCAGAGCAACA